UGCACAGUACAGUACAUAUUCCGUACAAUUGACCACUAAAUGGUAACACCCGAAUACGUUUUUCCACUUGUUUAAGUCGGGGUCCACGUUAAUCAAUUCAUGGUAUGGUGUGCGUGGGCGAAUGCGCGCGUGUGUGUGUCUGUGUGUACAUAGAAUAUAAUUGAAAAAUAUCGAUUUCGAUCGGUCCAAUACUGCUACUAUCCUUGGUAUCGAUAUUAUGGCUCUCUGUAUCCGCCCGCCCCUAGUAUUACCUGGAUGAGGACCCACACCUCAACCUUGUCCUUGUCCGUCCAAGACUCAUAGCAGGCACCAAGGAGGAUUUAUUCACCCGGAGAAAAGCUUCUCACCUUCGCAUGGCAAAGGGGAAAAAGAGCACCGGCGUCCCGCAAGACUUGACGCUGCCUGGCAACGAGAGAAAGGAGGGGGUGCAUCUGUUUGAUGCUGCGUUAGCAUCCGGCUAGCUGCGCUCCUGUUGUAACGACCUGUUUUUAUACCGAUAAUCACGAAUGUCAACUCGUAGUUCAGGCGGAUUGUUUUUGACAUCCCUUUUUAGUAACUACUCCACCCACUUAAUGUUAGAAAAGUCACGUGUGAAGAGGACGGAUGGGUUUGGCGUGAGGCUGGAGGAAGAUAACGGGAGCUAGCCUGCUAGCUCGACGCUAAAGGGCUUGUGGGCAAUGCGGCUACCGUGCACGCUAGCUGUUAGCUACACCCCCCGCUAGCAAACAUGGACUUCUUCUUGCCCGCUGAGCUCGAUGCUGUAGGACACCGCUAAAUGCAAUGAGAACACUCGCUUGGCGAACAUGGAGUCGUUCCUUCAAAUCGCCCCCCACUCGCUGGCCAUAGUGCUGUCCAGGGUCGAGGCGGUGGGGGCGGCCGGGGUAUCGGAGAGCGACGAGCUGCCGAGGCACCACACUGGUUACGAGAUAUUUGCUGACUUCAAAGCUGAAAACACUCAGCACCACGUAUGGAACCAACGGAUUACCGAGGCGGUGUCUGAGACUUUCUUCCUGGGAUGGAUAGACGAGCAUGUGCUGCUCAUACAGGGCAAAGAGGACCACCUGGAGGUGUUGAGGGAGGGAUGGAUGCGGAGAUCCCUCAACCCGCCCAGAGGAUUCAGUAUCAAAUAUCUGGGUGAUGUGUCGCCUAUCAGUAUGUCCCCUAUUAGCCAAUCGCAGUUCAUCCCUCUGGGAGAAGUAUUGCUAUUGGCUAUCUCUGCUAUGAACUCAACCCAUAAGCCUGUCACCCAGGAGGCCCUAACUGAACACCUGCAGACAUGUUUUCCAGGUGUUCCCACCCCAACGGAGGAGGUCCUGCGCCACACACUAAAUAUGUUGGUUCGUGAACGCAAGAUUUACCCAACAACUGAUGGAUAUUUUGUUGUAACUCCCCAAACUUACUUCAUCACUCCAAGCUUAAUACGAACCAGUUCCAAGUGGUACCACUUAGAUGAGCGUUCGACUGAUCGGCACCAACAGCAGCAACAUCAGAAUCAGCAGACACAGUGCACCUCCCCACUCUCUGGCACCAUCACUCCAUCCACUUCUGGUGGCAUACGAGAUAGAAUACACUCAAAAUCCCACCAGAACCACAGUGGGGGUGGUGGAGUCGUGGAUUCCUUUCACAACAACACUUAUCGUGGAGACGACCCCCCCAGUCACCACACCACUCUGCAACACAGAUCCUCCAAAGACCCCAGGGAGGCAUAUUCGUCUCCGCAUUCUCCACAGUCACCUCCUCAGCUAGCAGGAGGCAACACAGAAAAGUGCCGCACCACCCUCGGGUUCCCCUUCAAGACGGACACGCUUACAAAGCAUCGUGGUGGAGGAGGGAGUGGAGGGGGGACAAGUGAGCUAGAGAAGCAAACAGGUAGUGGUACAGGGAGUCGAAAGUUUGGUUUGAAGCUGUUCCGACUCAGCUUUAAGAAAGACAAAGCCAAGCAGUUGGCCACCUUCUCUGCACAGUUCCCCCCUGAGGAGUGGCCUCUCCGUGAUGAAGAGUCACCCAGCCAGCUCCCACGUCAUAUAGAGAUGGAAAUUAUCCGCAGAAUCAACCCUGAUCUCACAGUAGAAAACCUUGCUCGGCACACAGCAGUCAUGAAGCGUCUUGAAGAAGAGCGUGCCCAAAGGAGCAAAGCAUCAUCAGCCAACCACAGUUCAAGAAGCAGAAGAAGUGGAGGCAGACAUCGGAAGCCGUCUCAGACCAAACUUAGUCGCUCACAUAGCAAGAUAAGGGUUACUCGUGGUGAGCAUAGUGAAGGUUCCCAUUUGGAACUCACUGACAAGGACUAUAGAGCCUACUCAUCAUCACUGGCUCGGUCACCAAGGGAACAUGCCUUGGCCAUGGAGCGACAGCGGACACGCCUUCAUCUGGCACACAGCAACCCCAACAUUCUCGACUCCUCCCAUCUACCUGUCACACCAGAAUGGGAUGUGUCUGGAGAGCUCGCCAAACGGCGGACAGAAAUGCCUUUCCCUGAGCCAAGCCAUGGCCCAUCAGCACACCACUCAAAAGUCCAUCGUUCACACUCUCAUACACAGGAGAGGAAGUCUCGUAAUGAACGCAGCGAUAAAGCCAAGGAACGUUCCAGAUCAAUGGAAAAUUCAAAAGGACCACUUGGAGCUGGCUUAAUUGGACCACCAAGUUACUAUGAUGAUCGUAAUCGAUACUAUACCGAUGACGGAACUUUACGAGCCAACCAGAGCUCUUGCCACUACCCUCGCGCCACUCCCCCCUUGGUUAAGACGUCUGGGGAAUCACUAGGGUUAGAUGGUGGCAGGAGUUUAGAGAAAUGUAAGAGUCGGGACAGUCUGCCAGCUUACUCUCCUAAACCACAGCACAACUCGGUCCCUCCUGAUGGCUACUUCCAGUGUUCCGGUUCUUCUGAGGCUGCACUCAUAGCCCCAAGUACACUAGGAACUCUUGGCAGAAAUAGCCAAGAUGGUUUAAAACUGGGCAGCACUGACUGGCAAACAGAAAGACAGACACCACAUCCUCCAGAAAAUAAGGAGGACUUGUCAAAGGUGGGCCCUAAAGGUGGCAGCCUGCCUCCAAUACCUCUCUCAAUGCCAGAUCCCCCUGUUUCGAAUGGACGACCUCCCCACAGUGCCUCCUGUGGUCAAGAAAAAUGUAAAGAGAUCUUUAGUAAAGACACACUUUUCAAGCCCCCUCCUGGCCUUCCUUUGCCAGGAUACAGCUCCUUGAGGAAAACCCCUGUCCUUACUUCCUCCAAUCUGUCCUCAUCCUGCGAUGCACUUGAUUCCCAGGAGGCUUAUGAUGCCCCCAAACCUCUGGUUGCAACACCUUCUGCUUCCAUACAGGGAAGCGAACCCACAACCAGUGCUGCAGAGGUCUCGUUUGACUAUUACAAUGUUUCGGAUGACGAUGAACUUGAGGAAGGAGGAACUAAAAGUAGGGGAGAGGAUGGGAAAACUGGAGGAGGAAUUGUUGGACGGGGAGGGGCUGGAGCAGGUACCAUGCAGUGGCUAUUGGAGAGAGAAAAGGAAAGGGAUCUACAGAGAAGGUUUGAAAGAACCCUCACAUUCCCUGGUGCUAAAGAGAACCUUCCAGAAACCAGUCAUAAUCAGCAGUCUGCCCACUCUGCCAGACUGGACAGUAUGGACUCAAGCUCGGUUACUGUUGACAGCGGAUUCAACUCACCAAGAACGAGGGAGAGCCUGGCGUCAAACACCUCCUCCAUAGUGGAGAGUAAUCGUCGGCAGAAUUUGGCUCUCAGUCCAGGCCACCUAGGCAUUACAAACAGCAAUGGCCCUCCUUUCUCAUUCCGCGCCAUACCUGAACCAGCUGGGAGCCAAACGGAGAAACUCCAAAAGCCCAACGCCUGCCUUGCAUCAAUCACCAGCGUCUAGUUGGGGGGUGCAUAAUGAAGGGCAAGUGGAAGUCACACUCCAAGGACUGUUAUUCCUACAGACUGUCACAUUGACUGAAUCAGUGGAGCUUGCCACAAAACCUGGAACUAUAGCUGUUAACACACACACUCAAACAAACAGAGGAACUUAGACCACUGAGACUGCUCUCUUUUCUGAUAAAUACUCAUACUAACACCAUGCCACUGGGCAGAUUGACCAUGUCAGUUCAUAGACUCUGGUUUACACACACCACCGUUGUGUUCUUUCACUUACAUAGGUUCUACUGUAUGUGUGUGUGAAUGCGUGAGUGGAUGCCAGUGUGAUUUGUCUAAGAUACGGUUGUGUAACAGUAAUUUGUAAUCUCAGGUCGUUUUUUGUUUGUUUUCAUUCCCAUUCCAGCUGCUCCAUAUCUGUGCAUCGUUUUCCAAUGGUGUGUUUGCACACUGAAUGAAGGGUCAGAGGCUAUGCUAACUACUGUUACUGACGCGACACAUUCUCACUAAUCCACUUUCUGCGCACUUUGUGGUAAAAAAUGUGAGUGGGGCAGAUGGUAAUACGUAUAACCAAUACGCGGGACAAUUUAUUUUCUGUAGAAGUGCACAGAUUAAAAGGCCAUUGUCCAGAAUCCCAAUAAAAACAUUGUAGCUUGACCAACAAUGACACUGCGAAUCAGUGAUAGAACUGAUCUUGUCCAACACUGGCCUACAUUGGGCUUUACAGUCUGUAAGAUUCCUGCCUGACCACUGUAAGGGCAAUUCCUAAGCUUUCGAAAGUUAAUACGAUGCAUCAGACCAGUGAAGGUGUGGUGAGGUUAGCUGCUCUUUCCUCUGUAAUUACAACCAAAGCCAUUGAGAAAAAUACCACCUUUUAGUUUGAUAUUUUAGAUUGUUUUUGUUGAUCUUUGUUUUGUUUUUUCAGUAUAAAAAAAUGUCUAUCGAACGGAAGUUAAGAAAAUACUUCUCAUUUCAAUUACAAAAAAGACCAAAAGUCAAACAAAAUUUAGUACAAUUGACCUGUUUACUGUAUGUAUCUAAAUAUGAGCCUUUACAUUUUUCAUCAUG